AUGGUGGGGCUGGCUGCUGUGCUGGAGCAGAAGCCGCAGCAGCAGCAGCAGCAGCCUGGGGUAGCGGCUCCGGGGGCUCUGCAUGCGGCGGAGGGCCUCGGCGUCUCUGCUGCUGCUGCUGCUGCUGCAACCCCGCUAGCUGCUGCUGCGGCAGCAGAGGCGCGGAGCCGCAGAGCCGCGGAAGCCCUCCCGCCCGCCCGCAGGCGCACCCUCCGGCUGCUGCAGCAGCAGCUGCUGCUGCAGCUGGCAGCAAGCAGCAAAGGCACAGACAUUGACCCCCGCCGCCGCCCCCCCCACGCUGCUACUCCAGAGAGCAUUCUAGCCCGCUGGCUGGCAGCAGAUCCCAGGCGUUUGCGCAGCGGGUUGCAGAGUUUGGGGCUGCAUGCAGCAGCGGCUGCUGCAGCAGCGGGCAGUGCUGCAGCAGCAGGCAGUGCUGCGGCCGCAGGCGGCGCUGCAGCAGCACUUCGGGCGCAGCGGCUGGACCCGCUGGAGACGCACACCACCACCAGCACCGAAACCUGCAGCAGCACCACCUGCAGCAGCACCCGCAGCACCAGCGGCAGCAGCAGCAGCAGCAAGAACAGCAGCGGCUACGGGCCUGCUCCCGAGUCCUGUGCAGCCUUCGCGGGCAGCAGCGAGGCGCCCGAGGAAUCUCCAGCAGCAGCAGCUGCUGCUGCUGCAGCACAGGCAAAGAGCGCUCCAGGCAGCACAAGUGAUUGCGAUUCAGGUGUACGUACAGCAGCAGAGCUGAGGUCCUGUGUCCUUUGCCUCUCCGCCUCCAGCUUCGCCAGUGGAAACUUCUUUUGCUCUUCUUGCCUGAGGCGGCUGCAGGCCAACAAGAAUCUGCAAAAUACAGGCAAAAAGAGCAGCAGCAGCAGCAGCAGCAGCAGCAGCAGCGGCAGCAAACGUGAACUGCCCGCGGCACUCGCGGCCCCUCCCGCCGCCAAGCUGCGGAAGUCGGGAAAAGGGAAUCCGGAAUUAGUUGAAGUCCAAAUCGAAAUAAGUGAAAAAGAAAACAACAGAUUAGAAAAGGAGAAAAAAGAAAUGCUGCCGCGGCGAAGAUUCAAGCGGUCAGCAUCACCUACGCUGGCAGCGCAGCAGCAGCAGCAGCAGCAGCAGCAAGAGUCGGCGCAGCAGAACUGCAAAGUUGCUGCGCUCGCCUGCGGGGAGCGCAGGGAACGCAUUGGGUGGCGGGCACGGUCUGCUGCUGCUGCUGCUGCUGCUGCUGAGGGCAGCAGCUGGUGGAGCAGCGCAGAAGCAGCAGGAGAAGCACCAGUGGUGCCCCCGCUGCUGCUGCCGCUGCUGCCCUCCAUCUUCUGUUUGCAUGCGCGGCCGUGGCCGCCGCCUCCCGCCAAAAGGCAAAGACUGCCUUCUCCGAGGCGAAGGGGCCUCGACUGUUUUGCUGCUGCUGCUGUUGCUGCUCAAAGGGCCCCCUGGGCUGCAGCAGCAGCAGCCAGGGGCGCCGCCGUCGGCAGCCACGGCGGCAGAGCUGAAGACAAAGACCCAGCGAGAGCAGCAGCAGCAGCAGCAGCAGCAGAGGCACAACGAACGCGACGCUUCGGACGCGCGCUGAAGGCCGCCCCGGCGCCGCUGUCUGAGGCUGCUGCUCCUGCUGCUGCUGCUGCUGCAGCAGGUGAAGGUGCAGCAGCACAGGGAGCUGCAGCUGCGGAGCUGAUGACGGAAAGGGGCUGCGAGGGACAAGGAAAAGCCAGCAGCAGCUCUGCCUCUCCGCCUCACCGCCUGAGUCCUUACUGGAGCUACCUUUGUAAAGACAAGGCAGCAGCAGCACCAGCGCCGUCGUCCGCGUCGGCAGCAGCAGCAGCAGCAGAAGCAACCAGCCUGGCAAAGGGAUGCUGCUGCUGCGCAGCUGCGGGCUCCUCGCGAGAGCCCGCCUUUGACGUGCUGCCUCCCAAGCGAAGGCAUAGGCGAAGUGAGCCUGCAGUGAGCAGCAGCGGUGCUGCUGCUGCUGCUAGCGAGGCAGUUGCUGCUGCUGCUGUGAGGGACAUUGCAGCAGCUGCUGCUGCUGCCACCUUGGCGGGGCAGCGCAGGCUUGAGCAGCAGACACCUCCCUCGAGGCUGCGCAGAAGGUCCUGGAGCCCCGAAGGUGGCCGCGCUGCUCGAGUGGUGGCAGCAGCAGCCGCAGCGGGAGCAGCAGAAGCAGCAGCAGCGGCGGGAGGAGCGGAGGAAAAGCAUUCGAUUUCUCGAGCGGGCUGCAGCGCGUGCAGCGCAUCGGCAGCAGCAGGAGCCGCUGCAGCGUCUGCUGCAGCGAGAACGCCAGAGAGUCCAAAGGAGGCGCCUCCAGCAGCAGCAAGCACAGCAGCCACAAGUGAAGGAGCAGCAGCCGCCAGGCCCGCGAGCAGCGCAGCAGCAGCAUCUUCUGCAAAGAAGCCUUUGGCGGCUGGCAGUGCCGCUGCAGCUGCGGGUCCCAGCAGCUCCGCUGCUGCAGCGGGCGCUGCAACAUCAGGAGCACCAGCCGGCGGCGCACUGGCUGCUGCAGCAGGCGCCGCAGCAGGCGCUGCAGCAGGCGCCGCAGCAGGCGCCGCGCGGCCCUUGGGACUGGCGCGGAUCUCGCAGGGGCUGCUGGUGGGCUGCUCGUCGCUGGGGCGGGGCUCCGGGCUGGGGAUUUACAGCUGCCGGGGCUUCAGCCGCAGGCAGCAAAUUUGCGAGUACAGCGGAGUGCUGAUAGACCGGCGGACGGCGCUGCUUCUGCGGCAAAUGGAGUGCGCGUCGCACGUCGUGAACGUGCAGAUGCAGCACCUGUACCUGCUGGGCUUCCACACGCCGUGCCCGCUGCUGGGGGGCGGCGCCUUCAUCAACGACGGCCGCUGGGACACGGCGGGGGGGGAGGGGCCUGGGGUUUGCGUGCGUUUCCGCGUCAUGUUCGACCGGCACAGGGCCUCGCAGCGGGUGGUCGUGGUGGCGGUCAAGGACAUCCCGCGCGGCGCGGAGCUGCUCACUUCUUACGACAACGACUACUGGAGGCUCAAGAACAGGGGCCUGCCCAGGCCCUGA